GCGGGCGGACGUCCGGCGGCGGCCAUGGCGCUGGCGGAGGCGGGCGCCGGCGGGCGGCUGCUGCUCUGGCCCCGCGUCGUCCUCUUCGGAGACUCCAUCACUGAGUACUCCUUUCUGGACAAGGGCUGGGGAGCGUCACUUGCUGAGAGGCUAGUCAGAAAAUGUGAUGUUGUAAAUCGUGGAUUCUCAGGGUACAAUACCAGAUGGGCUAAACUGAUCCUUCCGAGACUGAUCAGUAAAAGCACUAAUGCUGAGAGUACUGUUGCAGUUACUAUUUUCUUUGGAGCUAAUGACAGUGCUUUAAAAGAUUUGAACCCCAAACAACACGUUCCUUUGGAGGAAUAUGCUGCAAACUUAAAGAGCAUGAUACAGUAUCUGAAAUCAGUAGACAUUAAUGAAGACAGGAUUAUUUUGAUAACACCACCCCCUCUUCAGGAGUCAUCUUGGGAAAAGGAGUGCCUUGCCAAAGGUGACAAACUAAAUCGCCUUAAUUCCAUCACUGGAGAAUACGCCAAGGCCUGUGUUCAAGUAGCUAGGGACUGUGGAACUGAUGUAGUGGACCUGUGGACACUGAUGCAAAAAAAUCAGGAUUUCUCUUCCUAUUUAUCUGAUGGGCUUCAUUUAUCAACAAAAGGAAGUAACUUUCUAGCAGCACAACUUUGGUCAUGCCUGGAAAAAAAAAUAUCUACUCUUCCUUCACUGCUUCCUUACUGGCGUGAUGUGGACCAUAUGAACCCUGAAGUUAGUCUUCUUUGAGAUGCCCCUCACCAACAAGCUGAAGAAGUCAAGGCUGCCUGAAGCAAAUCUGUUUCCAUCAACUUGCAUCUAGCAAUAUACUGGAAGCACAUCGUAUUCAGGCAAGCCAGGGUAGCAAUGAGUCCUCUGUCAACUGCUGCUCCAUAGUCUUUUUAUUUGGUCUGUUAGAAAAUAAAGAUUAAGACCUUUUA